UUUUCCACGGUAUAUUGAGAACUUUAUUUGUUGUUAUUUUCAUUUGAUAUUCGUGGUGAAUGUGUACGUGCUGUGGCUGUAUGCGUGUCAUAAUUCGAUUGUUAACCAGCAACUUCUCAGUUUACUGUACCAAUUUCUAAUUAGUAGCAUGAUGGAAUUUUAGAAAAGUGGGAAACUGAAACUCCAGAACAUGGAUUACCCAAAAGCAAAAUCGCGUAUCAGCGAUACAAGACGAGACACCGAGUGAGAGAAGAAAGAAGAUGGACGCUUGAGCCCUGGCAGCUACGCGCCCUAAUUGUAAUCCAACAAGAACAAGAACAGAACAUGGAUUAGGAAUGCUUCAUAUAUUUCCAGAGUGUGAUUACCGCGACAAAUUUCCUUGUAAAGGAGAACCCUAACAACUGUCACACUGUGUGCCAUUAAUUGCCACCGUUGCAAUAGAGGCUCAACUUCAUGACAAACCCCCAAUUGGAGACGUUUUACUGUCUGUAUAUUCACGAUCUACUGAACUCCAAGUACGACCCAGAGACGCGCGUGUCGACCUGGGGGCAGCUGCGGAUCCGACGAGUUGACAUUCUUGGCACAGUGGUGUCAACCAGAACAUACGAGAAACGAUCAGAGUACCAAAUUGACGACGGCACCGGAGUAAUUCACUGCUGCUAUUUCCAUCGUGACCCAACCCCGACUCCCGGCACAUCAUCAGCGGCUACUCCAGCCCCGGACGACCCUCUGACGCGUCUCGCUCUGGGCACCCGUGUGCACGUGCGUGGAGGGCUGCAGGAGUAUCGCGAUUGUAAACAAGUAGUGGCCUACUCAGUGCGUAUCGUCACCGAUCCCAACGAGGAGUCAGCGCGGGUGUUCCGAUUGGACGCUCUCUACAGGGCUGUAUACGAUCGUCAGGCGCCGCCACGGUGACCUUUGACGACCUUCAGUGACCUUGGGUGACCUUUGGCGACCCCGCAGACCACAGGCAUCUCUCAGGUGACCUCUGGUGACCCUGGGUGACCUCUACAUUACCAAGCUACCCCGGACGUCCCCCUCCGCUGCUUUUCUGCCAUGGUGGAGCCGGCCGAACCGCGACUGGGCACUCACUCGUUCAACUGCCGCCACCAGUCAUCUAUCGUGCACUGCCAGGUACUGCGACUGGCUGACAGCUUCUUCCUCUGGUUGGCCGACAGUCCCAGUUUCCAGCAGCUGGCUGUGGGCAUGCCCCGCGGUCCGGAGGCCGUGUCCUCACUCCUACUGAACCAAGGCGUUCGGGGGCAGAGCGACCAGCUGGCCUCGCGGCUGGCACGCCGCACAGGCAAACAGGUGUUUGUCAGCUGUAACGUGAACUUGGAGGACGCUGCGCUGCGACAGGCACUGGAAGCCAGGGUUGUGGAGGAGCUCAAGGAGUGCCCGGAUAAGUUCUGAACGGGAUACGGUGUCGAACGAACGGGGAAAGGUGCGAUAAGGACAGAAAGGCGGCGGGGUUUGAGUGGCUGAAGAGUGAGACAAGAAAGACUACAUCAGCAACUGAGUGGUACCAGUUAAGUGAGGAAGGCCAAGUAACUAGAACGACAGUGAGACAUAAGUGGUGCGUGGCACUGUGCUCGGUGCUUAACAAUGGCUACACAUGCAAGUGUAUCAUCUUCCAUUGAAGCCGACUCGGCCCCGACUGACGACACAGUCCGCCACCAUCGUCGGGAGGAGGAGCAGUACAGGCGGCGACACCGUCGCGCUCUGGUGCGGGACCUCGACCGGCCCGGCAUCGAACAAGUAGCUCAGCAGUGUCAGGAGCCGUCUGUGCCGGAGCUGCUGCGUCUGUGUGAGGGGGACGGUCCCCUCUCCGCAGACGACCUGAGAAGGAUCGGACGUGGCCUGGCCAAUAGCGCCGCCGCCCGCGCUGCCUGCACGCAGACGGGCGACUGGCGGCGCCGGCUGCAGGCUAUAGUUGACAGACUCACCGGUGACGAUCCGGAGUGUCAGCUGGAGGCCGCGGUUUGCAUCACUAACCUGGCCGCUGGCCCGGUGACCACUGAGCUGACUGGCGUGGUGGGAGGGUACCUGGUGACGCUGUGCGGCAGCUCCAGCCACCGCCUCCAGGAGCAGUGUGUCUGGGCGCUGGGGAACCUGGCUGCCUCCGGAGCUCCCGUGUGCGCCCUGCUGGCCGCCCAGGGUCUGCCGGCCGCCGCCGUCUCCUGUCUGAAGUCUGUCCAGGGAGCUGUGAGGGAGGCGGCCGCCGCUGCUCUGGCCGUCUUCCUGACGCAUGCCGGCGCUGGAGACACGGGCGCUCUGCCCGCCGAGCUGCUGCCUCUGUUGUCGCCACUGCUCAGUCUGGACUCCCCGGGCGCCUGUUUCUGCCUGUCUGCCGCUGCUGCCAGCCCUGCCGCCGACUCCCUGCUGGCUGCAGCGCCCACCGAGCUCCUGUCCAGUGUCUCAGAUCUGCUGCUGCGUGCCGCCGUCACCGCCGACCCCUCUCAGACCGAACUGCGCUGUCUGACGCACCUUCUCCGCGCGCUGACGCACCUAGUGCUGACGCCUGGCGCCGCGGCGGUGGCGCUGCGCCAGCCGUGUGCGGUGCGUCUGCUGUCGGCGCUGCUGCGUCAUCGGCGGCGUCAUGUGCGACGUGAGACGCUGAUCUUGGUGGCCAACCUACUGUCAGAGGAGCGAGGGGAGGAGGCGAAGAUGGCGGCAGAGGAGGCGGGGCUACCGGCGAGGCUGGCGCCGCUGCUAGAGGAGGCGUACCGAAUGAUAUGAUGGCCGGGAGACGGGAUGGACUGAGAGGAUAUCCAGGAAGUUUUCAAGAGGAGCUGAUGAUGAGAUGUAUGUAGAGUCUGUUGGUGGGCAGAGGACUGAUUAUUGACAACCAUCAGUUCCAGCUGUGAUGUGAUCGUAUCAGUGAUGGUAGGGUGAUAACCAAGAAGGCCAGGCCAGGGUGUUCAUGAUGCGUGCAUGAUCUGUUGUCUGUUCGCCGAAUGUGGACUGAGGAAGCCGGUUGGCUCACUGGCUAGGCCGGGCUUUAGGGCCAGCUCGUGCUGCCUAAGUAUCGGCAGUUACUUUAUGGCGGCGUUUUGUCGAGACAGUGCAGUGUUCAGUUGAUUCUCAUCGGAUUCCGUGUAAUGUAACUACGUAGGUUUUCAUAAUAAAGCAUCUUUUGAUA